AACCAGUGGCGAAUUAUUUUGAAAUUAUGUCACAUGGCAAUCAAAACUUUUAAAAAAAAAUCUCAGUGAGGUUCAACAGAGAAAGAGAUAUUCUUGGCAUCAAGGGCAACAACCAAAAGCAAUAUGUGGCUGUGAUAAUUUCCACAGUUCCUACACUCAACAGAACUCCUCCCUCAAGUGUGAAAUUAACUUCAAUACCCACAAUCCUCAAACAACCUCCAAUGGCCAAAUUCUCUGCUAAUGGGGGUCUCAGGCUCUCCCUCGGCUCUGAUUUCAGAGACCCAUUUAGAUUCAACAAGAGAUUGCUGCUUGAGAGCCCAGUUGGGCUCAGUAAGGGAAGCAGAGGGGUGAGGCUUUCUGGGUUCUGCAGGGUUUGGUCUCACGGGGAGAAGUCCGGUGGAUUCAAGUCUGAGGAGAGAUUGAAGAGAGAGGGUGGUGAUAGUGAAGAGGAGGAGGUGGAGCUUCAGGAGUUGGAGGGGGAUGAGUUGUCUUGCUUUAGAGGAUUGGUGCUUGAUAUCUCUUACAGACCUGUCAAUGUUGUCUGCUGGAAGCGUGCAAUUUGUUUGGAAUUCAUGGAGAAGGCAGACGUCUUAGAAUAUUAUGAUCAAACUGUGCCUUCUCCUCGAGGGUCUUUCUAUAUUCCAGCUGUUUUAAGGGUUCCUCAUUUGCUGCAGGUUGUCAAGAGAAGAAGGAUUAAGCACAGCCUUACCCGUAAAAAUAUUUUUUACAGGGAUUCUUACACUUGUCAGUAUUGUUCUUCUAAGGAGAGCUUGACUGUUGACCACGUCGUGCCAAUGUGUCGAGGGGGUGAAUGGACCUGGGAAAAUCUGGUCACAGCAUGCUCGAGGUGCAACUCAAGAAAAGGCCAGAAAACCUUAGACGAAACAAACAUGAAACUGCUCAAGACCCCAAAGAUUCCUAAAGAUUUCGAUAUUCUUGCUAUACCGCUAACAACUGGAGCUGCAACGAUGUUGAGGAAAAGGAAAGGUAUACCUGAAGAGUGGCUUCAGUAUUUGGGAAAGGCUGCCCCAUAAUAACUGUAUAUAUCCAGCUCCUUGUAUAUCGUACGAGGAUUUCCAUAGUAACUGUAUAUAUCACAUAAUGCAUUGUAAAUAUCUGUAGCGAAUGGUGAUACUCUAAUCCUGAAAUGGAAAUGUACUAAAUAAAUGCCUACUAAGAAGGAAAAUUUAGCCCUAGCUUCUUUUCUGCGCUUGGGCUGUAUA